GCAGGCGGGCGACAGACCGAGCGGGGCGGCCAUGGCCUUCUGCAGGUUCUUCGGCGGGGAGAUCUAUCAGAGUCAUUUCGAGCCCGGUAUAUACAUUUGUUCCAAAUGCGGCUAUGAAUUAUUCUCCAGCCAGUCCAAAUUCCUUCAUUCGUCCCCUUGGCCAGCCUUUACCCAUCCUAUUCACAGUGACAGCAUCUCCAAGUACUUAGAACGGCCAGGAGCUUUCAAGGUCUCAUGCGGCAAGUGUGGGAAUGGCCUGGGUCAUGAAUUCCUCGAUGGUGGCCCCCAAAAGAGCCAAUCUCGUUUCUGAAUAUUUAGCAGUUCUCUCACAUUUGUUCAUAAAGAUCAAUCUGGGAAGAACAUGGAAAAAUAAACAGGCUGACAGCACUUUGGGGAAACUCCACUCUGAGCCUUUGGUGUUGGAUGGGAAGCUUCCAUUGCAACGUGAUCUUAAACUGAACAAAACCAACUUGCUGGACUUCUCCUCUUCCUCCAUUCAGAUCCAAGUAACCAGCACCUGGUCCGGCCAUGAGAUGCUUGGCAGAGUGCUCCAAGUGUGGAAAGCCGCACCCCAGAAUUCCCCCAAGAGUUCCAUAUGCCAGAAUAUUUUGCCCCAAUUCAGAUGUGAACUGCUCAGGUUAUUCUGCUUAAGCUAGCAGGCCAGGGCUAGCUUAAAGGGGGCUGCAAGUGAAUAGACCCCUGUCUUAAUGGAGCAUGGCAGUGGCAUUUUUCAGAAGCCUUUUUCAGUGGCAUUUUAGGCUUUCUGGCUUCCCCUCUUCUCACUGUCUGCUUCCACUGCUUAUGUUAUGCCAGAGAGAGGAGAGUUACUACCAAUUGCAACCCAAUAUUUGCCCCUCUUUCUUCACUUGGUCCUGAGUGAAUGGGCUCCUAGCCUUCGUGCCAAUGUGGUAUCAGAGAGAUGGGGUGUGCCCUUAUAGACUACUUCUACUUGCGAAACCCACAAGAAAUGUGGCAGGAAGCAAUGGUGCCUCUGGAGUAAUUUUUUUGGGAAAUGUUUAAGAUGUAUGUUGGUGUUUCUGGUGGAGCUUAAGAUCCCUGUGAUGCAUCAGAUCCCACCAAUCAUCUCCCUCUAAGCACAUUCCUCCAUCAUCACUCUGCUCCAGCAGGAGGUUAAGCAAGGUAAUAAUUUUAAUGGUCUGCUCCUGGCCAGAAGAAGCUGCCAUGGCUGUUGUAAGAUUUACAAAUGGGCUGUAUUUAGAUUCUCCAAAAGGCCCCUUCUUCCCUACAGCAGACAGUCUGCAGUCCUGGGUCCCUCGUCCAGGACGCACUAUAGAACACCCUAAAAUGCUGCUACUCCAAAAUCUUUCCUUGUGCCCCUCCACACAUCCUCAGAAAUGUACUUGCCUUUUCCUCCAGACUGACCUCCUCUCUCACUGUUUGUGAGCAAGACUUUCUGGCAUCUGAAAUCAUCCUUCUGUCAAGGUGAAAGUGGCGCCUUUCCAACUCCCUGACAUAACCUUAGCAUCUGGUGGAUGCCCCAAGCAUCAUGAUAACAUUACACAGUGGAUGUGAAUAUGUAAUAUCUGCAUAUAGAUUGUGAUGAUGUCUUGAUGCAUAAGCAUCACUGUGGCUUCUGCAUAUUAUAUAAUUCACAUUGUUUCCA